AUGUCAUACCUCCCGCCACUAGGAGCCUUGCUCCUGCCUCUCACGGCACUACUCGUCCAACCUGCACUCGCUGCCAACCCAUAUACCAGCUCUAUGAGCGAAACACCGAGAGACAACAACCCAGACUGUGAUUGCUAUGUCGUGCAAUCUGGUAAAGAUUCGAAUACACCAGAGUACUUCCAGUACUAUCGAUUCUACGACUUCCGAAACCUGCCAGGCGCGAUGAGCGAAUCGCCGCCGUUGCUCAACGACACAGAGACCGCGGGUAUGAUGCCCACAUGGCAACCCGAUCUCUUCAACAGCGAUGCAUGGAACUACGAUUGGGGGAUUCAAAACUGGAGCAAGCCGGCUACAGACGACUUCCCUACACCAAUGAACAAUUCCCUCGCGAAUAUCUUCCUCGGCGAAGAAGACUCCACGUCCUACCUCGCACUCCGUACCUCGCGCAUGGAAGACUACCAGACAGCCGGUGAAAUCGAGAACCAGCAAAAGAACCUCAUGCACGUCUCGAUGCGCAUGUACGGUCGUGUUCAAGGCGCCAAGGGUGCGGUAGCAGGAUUCUUCACCUUCUACGACGACGACAACGAGUCCGAUAUCGAGAUCUUGACCGACGAUCCCAAAGACAAGAUCCGCUACACGAAUCAGCCCUCAGUAGGCGAGGACGGCAACGAAGUGGCUGCUGCAUCCGUUGGUCCCACCGACCUCCCACGCUGGGACGACUGGCAAACGCACCGCAUCGACUGGCUUCCCAAGAACAGCUAUUGGUACCUUAACCAGAAGCAAGUUGCUGCAAACACUUACUCUGUCCCUCGCGAACAAAGUUUCCUCGUCCUAAACAUGUGGGGUGAUGGUGGAGAGUGGAGCGGCCAGAUGAACGUGGGCGACAAUGCUGAGUUCCACAUCCAAUGGAUUGAGAUGACGUUCAAUACCAGUGGACCAUAUGCUGGCAAGGCCCAGGAGGACAAGAGGGAUACCACGAGCUUGUUUGGAAGGAAAAGGGCUGAGAAGGGGUGCAAGACUGUUUGCAAGAUCGAUGACGUGAAAGAAGUCGGUACACCGGAGGUUGAUAGCGGUGCCAUGAGCAUGGGUGUUUCUUGGGGAUUCUUGGCUGUAGUUGGCCUCGUUUCUGUUGUUGUCGGAUUUUAG